AUGAGUCGUGCAAAGAUAACGGCAGGCUUUUCGAGCUUGGCGGAGGAAGUAUUUGACCGCUUGCGAGUCACUUUGAAGGAAAAGGGCCAUUUAGUCAGCAAACAACCUUCAGGCGUAUUGGAAUGGCAUACUAACAAAGAAAUUUGGACUAUCGCUCUUAUGAAUGGCAAAGAUACACUGACGGAGGGACGCAAUCCGCGCUUGGCGCCAGACUUGCAGAUUUACAUGGAAGAGCAAGACUUUCUUGACUUGGCGGCGGGGCGAGUGCGGCUGCAGCAGGCUCUCAUUCGGAAGAAGCUGCGCUUGUAA